AUGAGUGGACAGUCAAGGAAAACCAGGCCUAGACCCGAGACUUCCAUCACUAAACCAAAAGCCCUAGAUAUCUACUGCCUGGCUUAUAAGACUUCUGAGGGAAUAAGGUUACCUUCAAGAGCAUCAGACACCCGAUUCAAAGGAUGGAGUAGCACCCGAGAGACAGACUACUGGCCCGUGAGCAGGAGUUUCGAGUGCGGGAGCCUAGAAAUUCUUCCAGUGGGCUUGAAGCUUGCUAUGUUUGGCAUCUUUAUCAUUGUGAUCUUUGUCUACGUAACAGUGGAAAGGAAGCCGUUCUUUGGCUAA